CUAAAUUAAAUUUAAUCUAAAUUUUAUACAUAUGAAAUAAAACAUGGCAUUUUUCUGGAGAAAAUAACUGUAGAAAGUAUAGAAAUAUGUCCAGAUUACAUUUUUGUGGUAUACCCUAUUUUCCAUGGGUGAAAAUAUGUAGUUAUGCAAUAUAUAUCUUUACAUGUAGAAAAAAAACAGAAAUGCACAUCCUUAAUGGUAUAGACAAUUAAGAUAAUUUAUCUCAGAUUACUGACAGACAGUACAUUCAUGAAGAAAAAAGGCUGUAUGUUCCUAUGACCUGCAUUUAAAGUGAAUGAGAGGAGGGAGAAAUAAAAAUAUGUUAAAAUUAAUCAAAACAACAAAGUAUUUUUAAAAUUAAUUUAUAUUAAAUAAAAAGAGAAUACAUGUUAAAUGUAUAGUUAGCUGAGUGCUGAAAUAUAUUUGAAAGCAUUGUGUUAAAAAAAAAAAUGGCACCUGCAAAAGGAAUGGAAUCUUCCACUAUUCUAACCUUCCCUGAAUGACUCAUCCAGCUCUUUUCUUAUUGGAUACGACCAUUCGAUCCCAAAGGAUUGCCUUGCAGAGGCAGAGAGGCCUCGCUUCAUUCACAGAAACAUUGGUAUGCAAGCCUGCAAUUUCAUUCACAUAAAACAAAAAUAUCAUUUGAUUUGUCUUUUUUAUCAUCUUUUCUUCCUUUUUCCACCAGCUUGACCUGAGCAGGGAGCUUUCAUACAUCGGUUUGUGUUUGCUUUCAUAUUCAAGGAAAGAACAAGCGUGUUUUUUUUCCUCCUGUAUUUGCCAGACAGGAAGGCAGUUUUUAACAAGAUAUUGAGAGGGACUGCAGUGCGAAAUCUGUAACAGGAUGAGAGAAGGCUUAUGAAUGAGUGUCAAUCAUCCGAUACACAGUCGCCUGGACAUGUUUUAUGAAUGGCUUUGCUCUUUAUAUAGACUGUUUUAGGUAUUUGUAUGUUUUCUGAUAAUGUACAUUUAUUAUAAGCUCGUGGUAGCACUCAUUUUUUUCUGUGUAUAUUUUGUUAGAUAUUUUUAAUUGUGUAUUCAGUACCGUAUUUCCAGACAGAAUAUAAAUUAGGUUGGCAAUAUUUAAAGAAUACAUCUGCAUCAGAAAGGUUAGAGCAAAUUUGUAUUCUUUUUGCUGCAGAAUGAUAACAAAUUGAGAGCUGUAAAAUUUAAGGGAGGAUUAUGCUGUUUUGCUAUUCUUUUUUUUGUCUAAAGACAGUGAUUUGAGACUGGUUACAAUACUGUAAAACGUAUAGCCUUUUCAAUGAGGAUUUUCUAGAUCUGCUACCAUAAGGACAAUUGACGUAAUGUCUUUGUUGGAAUUAUGUAUAUGAAUAUAUUUCCUUUAUCUAUUAUCAGCUGAUAUUGACUCGUCACUGCUGAAUUUACAGUAAAUGUGAUUAAUAUUGUUUCUGUUGCUAAUUUAUGUGAUUUUAGUUCAGUGCUUCUGUUUUACUUAGAUGGGGUCAGAGAAAGCGUUAACCUGAAAGCUCUGAACUAUGUACUUGAUUAUUACCCGCACCAAGAGAUGUAUAUUUAUAUUUUUCUGAUAUGCUUGGCAUAUUAUAUAUUUUUCUGUUAGCCUAGUUAGCCAUUAAUCUAGUUCAAGUAAAAUAAAAUUUUAAAUUUUUAAAAUAUAUUUUAGUAGUAACCUCCUCAAUUCUUGAUUGUUAUGCAUAAUUAAAUUUUGUAAAAGAAAUUAAUGUAAGCUGUACCUACAUGUUACAGCAGAGGGGAAUUUAUCAGUAAGCAGAAAAACAGAAACGUGAAAGAAAACAUGCAGAAUGAUUUCAUAUUAAUGACAAUUUGAGUCUGAUUUGGUUUGUCUAUUUUCUUUUGAUGGAAUAAGAAAGAAAAGCAUUCCUCUAGUAGAGAGGAAAUAUCAGUCUGGGAUAUUUGAGAAUUGAUUGGUUCUAGUGUGCUGUAAGUGGGAGGAUUUUUUUUCUUUUUUUGCUACAGGAAGUGAUUUGCUGUGUUCAGUCAGCCUUUUGUUGGGAAGGGUCUUCUCAGAUCUGUGAGUCAUGCUUUUGCUGCGAAAGGAUAGGCAACUGUAAGAGCGUUCGGGAUCUCAGCCAUCUACCGUCGCCUGCUCUCUGGACAUCACUAGUGGAAGAGAUUAUCCUGGUACUUUUUUAUUCUUAGAUGUAUGUGCUUUUUCAUGGAUUGUCUGAUUCCUCUCUCUUAACCUGGAUUGCAGCUGUGGCUUACCAUAACAACAAGUACAACAACCAUUACUGCAACAGAAAUAUCACACUGGAUUGCUUGUUUUUGCUACAAGGCAUUUGCUAUGCUAAAGGAGGGGAUAAUUAGCUUGGCAUCACAUCUGCCAGUUCGUUUGUAGGCAGGCAGAUAGAAGGGCAUGCUUCACCGUACCAAAUACAACCGCUUCAAGAAUGAGUCUGUGACAUCUGUCGAUGAUCUUCUUCACAACCUCUCCAUGAACCCCAAGGUUUCGGCAAGUCCUACACCUUCGGCCGAGCCCCCUUGCCCCUCGCCAGCCGACGCGCUCCACGCGGAACCCGAGGAUGGCGGCACCACCCUCUGCACCCUCAUCAAUAAGGUUUCCAACCUAAAAUUUACCAACACCGGCAGCCUGAUAGGCAUUAAGAGCCUGCCCUCAGCCGUCAAAGACCUGGCCGUGUCCAAGCUACAAGGGGGCAGCGGCUCGGGCUUUGCUAGCUCCACGAGUGCCACAGCAGCUCCCAGCGACACCCUUUGCCACUCUGCCACCGGUCCUCUGUGCGUGCAACAGGACUCGGUUGGCAUGAGCACUGGGAAGAAGGGCAGGCUGGAAGAGACGCACCUGGGGGGAGAGAGCUGGAAUCCCAGCAGCGUGGUAAAUAAACCCUCCAGAGGAUGGCUUCACUCCGCCGACAAGAUCUCUGGACCCGGUGUGACGUACAUUGUAAAGUACUUGGGGUGCAUAGAAGUUCUUCGCUCAAUGAGAUCUUUGGACUUCAACACAAGAUCUCAAAUAACAAGGGAAGCAAUAAGUAUGGUAUGUGAGGCUGUCCCAGGGACAAAAGGAGUGUUUCGUAAGAGAAAGCCCCCCACUAAAGCUCUCUCCAGUAUUCUGGGAAAGAGCAACCUACAGUUUGCAGGAAUGAGCAUAAACUUGAACAUCUCCACCAGCAGCCUGAACCUGAUGACACUAGAUUCCAAACAGAUAAUAGCAAAUCAUCAUAUGCAGUCGAUUUCCUUUGCGUCUGGUGGGGACCCAGACACUACUGAUUAUGUCGCGUACGUAGCUAAAGACCCCGUGAAUCGCAGGGCAUGUCAUAUUCUGGAGUGCCCUGAUGGUCUGGCUCAGAGUGUAAUUAGCACCAUUGGUCAAGCUUUUGAUCUUCGCUUCCAGCAGUAUCUACAGUGUCCCUCCAGCAAACUUCCCAUGUCCCAUGACGGCAUGCUCAGUAUGGAGGAGACUCCAUGCACAGAGGAAGAAGAGGAAACUACAGAGCACCCCUACUACAACAACAUACCGGGGAAAAUGCCACCUCCAGGGGGCUUCAUUGACACAAGGCUGAAGAACCAAAAUUCUGGCCAAGGAGAGAGCCAUCGGCCAAGCCCAGUGGCUGGACAAGACCAAACCUAUUACCAAGGAAGGCACUGUGGGGAGAGCUGGACAGAGGAAAGGAGGCCUGUUCCAGUACGACAGGGAUCAAGUGACAUCUACAGUCUGCCUGAGGGGAAAAAUCCAUUAGCAAAAACAGCCAAUACCCCUACCUAUGUGAACACUCAGCACAUGGAUGUCCGUGUGCUGGCGGCACUGCAAGGAGAAGCUGACAAUGUGACGGACAGGCCCAGCGGGGUGCCCAAAGGUAGCCCCAGGAAAGACAUUUUUGAUAUGAAGCCCUUUGAAGAUGCCAUCUUAACUCAGACUCCAGUCCCAGCCCUGAAAAAAAUGUCAUCGGUGGAUAACUCCAGCCCUCUGCUGGUUCGUGCGGCAGCGUUUAAAGCAAAUGAGGAACUGGAGGGGCAGGCAUGGUACCAUCAGGAGAUGAACCGGAAGGAAGCUGAGAAGCUGCUGCAUGACGAUGGAGACUUCCUCGUGAGGAAGAGCAGUACCAACCCAGGUUCCUAUGUUUUGACCGGCAUGCACAACGGUGUAGCCAAGCACCUGUUACUGGUGGACCCUGAAGGCACAGUACGGACAAAAGAUCACAUCUUCGACAGCAUCAGCCACCUAAUCACACAUCACCGUGAGAAUGGCCUGCCCAUAGUUUCUGCUGGAAGUGAACUCUGUCUCAAACAGCCUGUAGCAAGAAAACAGUGACGUGCUCCAUUUGAGAAUUGCUGGGACGAGGGAGGCAUUUUUACCGCUUGCACACCUAAAAAACUUGAAGAUGACAGAUUAUGUUAUGGUCAAAGAUUACUAAAGAUGAAAGCAUCAUUGAACUUCUCUGCGCACCUUUUGGCUGCUCUGGCAGACUUGGAGAGAUUUGUUUCAACUGACACUUGAUUUAUAGAACUGUUAUUUUUUUGUUGUGAUUAUUGAAAUUCUAUAUUUUUGAGAAGAGGUUGAUGAAUAGAUAUUGAUCUGGCGUCUUUAAAGAAAAAACAAAAAAACUACUGCUAAUUGUUUAGAUGAACUGAAAAUUAUCCUCAAGGAGGCAAAGAGUAUUUUAGAGUAACCUAAUGUUCUAGUUUUGUCUAUUAAGCACAAACAGAUUUACACAGUUGUUGGUAAGAGUCAGAGAAAACAGAGAAAAAGCAGAUAGUAUUGCAGUAUUUUUGAAAUUAUCUUCUUUUGAAGCUAGUGUAACAGUUAAUUUGGUAACAUUCUAUCAAAUCACUGGUGGAUCUGCUUUAAAAGAGGAAAGUGUAACUGCUUGCUCUUCAGUAGCCACAGAAGUUUGGGAUAAAAUCGUAUGCCCCCAAUGCUGUGGAUGUGAUUUUUAAAAAGCUGCAAUUUUUUCUAUUAAGUACACUAAAUUGUCACUGCAGUCGCAUGACUAGAAAUUAAACUGUUUUUGUGGUCAUUGUUUGUAGACCUUUAACCCUUUGACAGGUGCUUGCGUAUGCUCAUAAUGUAAUACAUUUGCUUUAAACGAUCUUGUUAUUUGGUUUUAAUUCCUAUAAAUUUGAAAGGAUGUGUAGUAAAUUAGGUCAGGGCUGAAUUAAUGUUGCAAAUAUUGAUCUCAUGAAUUGUGAGCUUAGAACAGGAAAUGUAUUAUUUCACAAAUAUUCACAAAUAAACAGCACAAUCAAAGCAUAAUAUGUGUUUACUGUAAAAAAAGACCAAAAAAUGGUCUAUAUUUAGUAAUGUAUUUUUACAUAAUUGUUUGCAUAAUUUUAAUAUAUGUACCCCUUAAAAGGAAAUGCAAUAUCAAUUCACUCUUUUUAAAAUGCGCACAUGAACGGCAUUAUUGAGAACCACGGUCUAUCAGUCACUUGUAUCUUGGGGAAAACUUGGGUUUCUAGGCUCCUAAAUAAAGUUUAACAUAUAUAAGGUCAUAGUUUGGACAACUAGAAAAGAUUCCUGUUUAAGUAUCCAGUAGUGCUGCUAUGCAAUACACUUUGUUUCAUAACUUAAUGUUUGGGGUUAGGGGCAGUAUUAGAUUUGGAAUAAAUAUUAAUAAAAGGUUUGGGUAAUUUAAACAAAAUGUAAAACAAACUAGGAGCUAUUUAAUACACAUCAUAGUUGAAAAUAUUUUGCAUUGUACUAACUUUUGUACAACUUGCUCUUAUUCCAUCAAAACCACAGUAUAUUUUAUGCCUUUGACAUUGUUACAGUGAGUAAGUUGUAUGCAUAACAAAACACUUUAAACUUCGGAGUUAUUUGUCUGCCCCUUCGUUGUCCAUCUGGGUCUUACUGCUAAGUAUUACCCUAGAUAGGAGUAUGUGGUAGUUGUUGUGGCAAGCUUUUGGGGUCUUUUUUUGUAUUCUAAAAAAAGUACAAAAAAAUAAAAAUUCAACUUUUAUUCUGACUUCAGACACAUAUAUUUAAGUAUUGAAAUAUUUUAUUUUUAUGCAUCCUUUUAACUGAAACAGGUUAAAUGUCCUUUGGUGUACAGUGAGUGAAACAAUAACCUUGUUUUGUUUUUGGCAAGUUAUAGACAGUAAUAUUUUUCACAUUAAAGAAAAGUUCAUUCACA